ACCUUUAUUAUGUUAACACAAUUGUCAAAAUGUCAAAAAAUUUAAAUUAAAAAGUAAAGAAAUCCCAAAUAAUUUCUUUAUUCAAAUUUUUUAUUGUAAAAGAGUAUAUUUCCAAAAUGAAGAAAAAUCCAACUGAAGAUCCGAGAAGAUCCCGAGAUGGAGUUCUGCGUCAAAUCGUUAAACUGUUCAUGAAAUCAAAAUUUAAUGCACCCGCUGAUGGCCAAGUGCAGCGCUUGAGAAGAGGUAGAAUUACGAGAAACCCGUUUCUCAAUUUCAUGAGAGAUGUGCGUAAAAGUAUCAGAGGUGUGAGCCCCUUAGAAUUAUCGGUUAAGGGGGCAAUAAUAUGGCGAAGUAUGUCGCAACACGAAAAAGAGCCUUAUCAGCAAAUGGCCAGGCAAGCCCGGAAAAUUAUCAGAAGACCAAGGAUACGUCGUCAAGAGAGUGAUGAUUUUGAGAGAUCGGAAAGACGUGCUAGAGAAUACCAUACUGAAGCCAAACGCAGAGGAAGUAGAAGACGGAGAAAGCGUAGACGCAGAAGCAGAUCAAGAAUUCACAGAAGGCAUUAACUUUUUUUUUCAAAAAAUUUUGUCCAAAUUAUGGUUGAAAUAAAAAGUACUUUUUUUAAUGUAA